CUGUGCCUCAGCCAUCGAUGCGCACAUGCUUCCACGUAUGUGACAGACACUGAACAACAUAACCUUAUUCCACGAUCUCUGAUUGAUCGUUAGCACGUUCGCAAUUUUUCGAAUAUUUGUACAGAAAUUUGAAUAAGACAAAAUUAAAAAUGGUAUCCGUGUUGAACACUGUCGACACCGGUCACGAGGAUAUGAUCCACGAUGCGGAAAUGGAUUAUUAUGGUUUGAGGUUAGCGACUUGUUCCAGUGACAAUUCGGUAAAAAUAUUCGAUUUGAAGAAUGGAUCGCAAAGUUUAGUAGCCGAUCUGAAAGGACACGUUGGACCUGUGUGGCAAGUUGCUUGGGCACAUCCAAAGUUUGGAAAUCUCUUAGCAUCUUGCAGUUACGAUAGAAAGGUUAUUAUUUGGAAGGAGUUAGGAGAAUGGACAAAAAUUUAUGAACACACCGGCCAUGAUUCUUCUGUUAAUUCGGUAGCAUGGGCACCGCACGAAUUUGGCCUGAUUCUUGCUUGCGGUAGCUCCGACGGUUCUUUAUCUAUUCUCACUAAUAAUGGGGACACAUGGGACACUCAAAAGAUUCCAAAUGCCCAUACUAUCGGUUGUAAUGCAGUGAGCUGGUGUCCAGCUAUCGAACCCAGCUUUGAUGCCAGUGGAAUUCAGAGGAAUGGAACUGUGAAAAGAUUAGCCACAGGAGGUUGUGAUAAUUUAGUUAAAAUUUGGAAAGACGAAGGCGAUCGAUGGGUGGAAGAAGAUAAACUCGAAGCGCACAGCGAUUGGGUACGAGACGUAGCAUGGGCGCCUGCGGUUGGACCAUCUAAGGCUGCUCUAGCUUCUUGUUCCCAAGAUCGUCGUGUGAUCGUAUGGACUUCGAACGAUUAUUCCAGUUGGACACCGACUAUUCUGAACGUCUUCGAUGAUGUAAUUUGGAAUGUGAGUUGGUCGUUAACUGGAGGUAUUCUAGCAGUUAGCGGUGGAGAUAAUAAAGUAACUCUUUGGCGUGAAAACACCGAAGGACAGUGGACGUGCAUUUCCGAGACGAACAAAGGUCAAGGAAACCUUAAUAACGCUGAUCAGCGUGCGCUAUAAAAUUGGAAAAUAAAAUAUAGGAUACUAUUUUGUACCGAUAUUCAUUGUAAAUUAAAACAAUUGUUCCGUGUUUAUAACAUUCUUAUUCUAUGUUCGUACUCUUAUCGUAUGUACACAUGUAAACAAUUAUAAUGUACAAGAUAAGAUUAAAAUUCAAUACUUUACGAUUAUAGUAAAAAAAAUAUCAUACAGCAGACUUCUGAAUAACGUAUGCUUUGUGAACGAUGUAUAAGUUAUAAAAAUAUACCCACACUUAUCAAUGAUCGAAAUUUCUGAAAGUGAUCAAAUAAAAUAUCAUUUGUACAUAA